AUGAAAGGCUUGAAGAUGUCUCUCCUGGUGGUCCUUUUCCUAGGGAUAUUCCUUCAGCACAGCCAUUCAGCUCGAGCACCAAAUGUAGGACAGGAAUGCUGCAAUGCCUAUGUAAAAGGAGCCAUUCCCCUCUCCAAGCUGGUGACAUGGUCCAAAACUUCAGCAGAUUGUCGCAAGGACGCUAUUGUGUUUGUUACUCUUCUAAAGAAAUCCAUCUGCGCAAACCCCAAGGAAAAGUGGGUGAAGAUGGCAAUCAAGUUCUUGAACAGACACAAUCAGAAGACUGACUCCAAAUCUGAAAUUGACUCAGUCAAUGAGGAAGGUCUAUUCACUGUCCCCAGAACUGCAGAGUGUGCUCACCUGUACGCUGGUUACUCCAUCUGA